UUGCAGACACCCCUGAUGUGAAUGAAGAAAGAAGAAAAUAACGAUGGCCAAACAAGAAACGUGCAACCGACGUGUCACAACUUGGGCACUGUGCCCGCCUCGGAGGCUACAUCUAAAUGGAAAAAAAAAACAACAAAAACAGCAGACCAUACAGCCCUGGUUGGCUCCAUCUCGGUUCAGCCCCGGCUGAGGACGUGGUGGGAAACCAGCACAGUCACUCCCUUUCGUUCCUAGUCACUUGCUGAAAACUGGCAGCCAGCAGAAGCGGUCUUGGGGAAGGAAGGACUGUCUCCGCGGGCAAUCUGUGCGCCCUUGAUUUAUAAUCAAGAAAUAUGCAGCCGAUCACUCCCGGCAAGGGGGGGGGAAUAGCAUCUGGAGGGGAUACCUUGAAGAGCCCGCAUUGCUCAGAGCCAGGCUUAUUAUGAUGACUGCUUCUUUUGCAGUCCAGAAACAAUAGCUGGGCUCUCGAGGAGUCUAUAUACCCUGUAGAGAAUUACUGAAAUAAAGUCAUGUGACGGUCGGAGGGUGUGUUUCCAAUUAUUGCACUUGAGUCUUCCUGCCAGGCCGGCGAAGACAAACAGCCUUCUGAAGGAGUCUGUGAUUUUUUUUUUUGUUUGUUUCCAGCUUUGUUCUGCAGACACUGGAGGAAGUGAAAUUAACCGGCAUGACCAAUUGACCACCGAUUCCUGGGUCUCCCAACGAUGGAACGGCACAAUAGCACCAAAGGGCGGAAAUCCAAAACGUUGCGCUCCAUUUCCCGGUCGCUCAUCCUCUGCAAUGGUAGGACCAGCGAUGAUGGCUCAAGCCCGGAUGACAAAUAUGCCAACCCCUUUGAGAGCCAAGGCAGCUGGAGUCACAAAGAACCAUGCCCUCCACUUCAGCUGGCGUGCUCCUCGCCUAGCCAGGACGCCACGUCCGAUCCUCUUACGAUUGCCAGCAUGGUGCAGCUGAGGACCAAUGCCAGCGACAGCUGUAAGAAUAUGAAGAGGAAGUUCUUUAUCAAGGACAGCUGCAUCUGGAAGCUCUGCAUUGCCACUGGGAACGAGGGGCUGGGAAUCCAAGUCUGCAGGACUUCCAGUGGCUCUGCUUUUGGUAAAGAGUUCAUGGUCAGCCACGUGAUUGACGGGGGAGCUGCUCAGAGGGAUGGUCGUUUAAGCCCUGGUGAUGAGCUCUUAACAGUCAAUGGGCAACCUCUUAAAGAGCUUUGCAGCAAAGAGGCCGAAUCGCUCAUCCAGUCUGCCAGAGGCUUGGUUAAUUUAGUGAUUGCUAAUAAGGAAUCGUCCGGUGGCCCUCAUAAGGAGCAGCCAACUAAACAUGACCUGCCAAAUGGAUCCAUUCUGCAGACGAAAGCCAAAUGCCAGCGGACGCGCAGCAAUUCAGCCAGUGCUAGUCCAUACUGGAUAGGAGACGUUGAUUGUUCUGUGGUCAAGAAGUCAGCCUCUCGGUACAGACAGUCCCUUUAUAGCAACCGAAAGUCAUUCUCUCAACAGCUGGAGAAUGCAGCAGAAAAAGCAGCUGUCAAGCCUCUCUCCAGAUCAUCUCGCUCACUAAGUACCGCCCACCUCAUGUCCACAUCUUCAGGUUUACAGGCCUCUAUGAUAUCCAACAUUGUUCUAAUGAAAGGGCAAGGGAAGGGAUUGGGUUUCAGCAUUGUGGGUGGCCAAGACAGCAUUUAUGGCCCCAUUGGCAUCUAUGUGAAGACAAUCUUUCCUGGCGGAGCAGCUGCUGCUGAUGGCCGGUUGCAGGAAGGAGAUGAAAUCCUGGAAUUGAAUGGAGAAUCAAUGCAUGGACUCACACACCAUGAAGCUUUGCAGAAAUUUAAGCAGGCCAAGAAGGGUCUCCUCACACUCACCGUUCGAACAAGCUUCAGCACUCCAUCUUCGGCCACCAGCUAUUUAUCGUCUCAUCUUUGUCGUUCUCUAAGUACCAGCAUGUGCAUCACCAAGGAGAACAGCUCCUUUGGGCCAGAAAGCCCAGCGUUUCCUCUGAGUACCAUGAACCCGGAUGACAGGAUCAUGAUGGAAGUUUCCUUAAAUAAAGAGGCUGGUGUGGGCCUCGGCAUUGGCUUGUGCAGCAUCCCUUACUCCCGGUACAUUUCAGGGAUAUUCAUCCACACUCUUUCGCCUGGGUCUGUGGCUCACAUGGAUGGGAGGCUCAGAGGUGGAGAUGAAAUAGUGGAAAUCAACGAGGCAUCAGUUCAAACAAUGACCCUUAGCGAAGUUCAUGCUGUCCUAAGCCACUGCAAUCCUGGCAUUGUGCAAAUUAUCAUUAGCAGGCAUCCUGAACCACAGGUUUCUGAACAGCAGCUAAAGGAUGCUGUUUCCAAUGCUAUGGAAAGCAACAAGUUUGAAAGAGACAGAUUCCACUGGAAUGCAGAAGGGGGCAGCUGGCUUAAGAAAGCUCCCUGUGAAAAAUACUUGGAGAAGAAUGAUGCCCACCUCAACCAUCCUUCUCAAAAGCCAAUGAUCCGUUCCAGCAGUGAUAGCAGUUACAACCCCAGGUCCUCUUGUGGAAAUGGCCUGCUUUAUCAGUUGACCAACGGCCACGGAAAAGACCAUCAUCUGGAUGUAGCGAUUACACAGCCACCAGGCUCCCGACAUUCGUUUUGUGAAAUGAGUUUACGAAAUGAGUCUUCCCGGUCAGGAUCUCAAGAUGUCAACCCCCUUUCACCCCAUGCUGCUAAAAAAUGCACCGAGAUCCUGGUUAGAAAACCCCGGUCCAUCAAACCCAAACCCCCACCAAGGAAGUAUUUCAAACAGGAUUGCCCUGAUAAUGAGCAAAUGAUCAGAGAGAUGAAAGACAGGCCCACUCUGCCUGAGAGUGAAGUCCCACCAUCUUCAAACACUCAGGAAGUUGGGGACCUGCUGUGGCUGAGAAAUAAGACGGUUGUAACGCACGGCGCAUUUGCAAGUUCUUUAGCUCCACGAGCUGCAGAACAGCUGAAGGUGUCCUUGGGAGCUGCAGAUCAGGAAAAGAAAAACAACAAAGGGAAGACAGACUCAUCUACAAGGCCUGCCCUCAGAAGACAAGCCAGGGUGGAUUAUAGCCUGGAGACGACAACCGAAGAUCCUGGGGUGAGAAUUUCCGACUGCAUCAAAAGCUUGUUUAACCCCAGCAUGGCUGAAGGAAGGUGCAGCUUAAACAUGCCUCAUGGCAUCGAGAGCAAAGAUGGUGAGCCAGCCUUGCAUCGCUCAGGAGAAGCCCUGAAGCCAUCAGACACCGAGGAGAGUGAUCCCAAAGCCUCUUUCAUGUCAGAGGAAGGUGACUUUGUGAAGAAAGGUCCACCUGUAGCGCCCAAACCAGCUUGGUUCCGCCAGAGCCUUAAAGGACUCAAGAAAGGAAGUUCAGAUGCAAAACCUCUCCGAAGCAGCAGCACUGAGCAUCAGAGCCUAUCUGACAAUGAGCUGGGCUGCGUUACCAAGAUCAUCCGGACAUCCCCUAGACCUAGAGGAUCGUCAAUAAAGCAGAGAAUAAGCUCUUUUGAAAAUCUGGGCACUCCUCAGUCUCCUGAUAAGGGAACUCGGAAGUUGAGUCCAAAGCUGCUCACUCCAAAAGAGCAAGCUUCGAGUGGGCAGGCUUGCAAAUCUGCUACAUUUGAUCCUCAGCCAGCAUCCACCAGUAACACUGACCACCGAGGCGCUGAGAGCAGUUCCUUGCCCUCCUCUCUAGAAGAAAGUCAGACCAACGUGUCUUCUUCUUCCUCUGUGGAUCACGGUGCUUCGCUUUCAAAGAUGAACGACAGCACCCCUCUUGACUCAUUUCUGAAUCUUCCAGCCUCACAAAAUGCGGAACUUGACCCGCCAGUCACAAAAGCACCCAGCCAACGAGCGCACAGCUUUCCACUCACUUCAGCUCAGAGCUAUGAGAUGUUGAAAACCAGCGCCGAGGGGGAAAAAUGCAGCAAAAUCUAUUCCAUUAGCAACCACUUCUCGUCAGCUUUGAUGAAAUCGUUAGACGGCUUUCCUUCUCAGUCUCCUCGCUGUAGUAGGAAGAGCCCUGGAGCCGCCAACGGAGGGGUUUCCGAAUCUUGCGCGGAAGAAGACAAGAUUGCUUCCCCUCAAGGAAGAGAAGUUCAGUCUCUGGACACUGGCUAUUCUCUUAAUCUUUCUGAGUUGAGAGACUAUAGAGCAAAUCAGCCGGACAGAGAGAAGAGAGAAGAUAAGAAGAAAUCCUGUCCAUCUCCAACCCUGGGCACCUCCGGGCAAGCUGUCAUCUCUCUCCUUACUCCUGAAGAACUGGAGAAGCUUCUGGAGGAGGUGAAAGCUUUGGAUGAAGCAACGCUAAAGCAACUCAGUGACAUUCAUGUGACGAUUCUCCAUAAAGAAGAAGGGAUUGGCCUUGGGUUUAGCUUGGCUGGUGGAAUAGACCUUGAAAACAAAACUGUUGUCGUUCACAAAGUCUUUCCCAGUGGUCUAGCAACUCAGGAAGGAACCAUCCAAAAAGGGGAUGAAGUCUUGUCGAUCAACGGGAAAUCUCUUAAGGGUGCCACUCACACCGAAGCCCUGGAGAUCUUGCGAAAAGCACGGCACCUCGGGCUGGCAGUGAUUGUCACCCGAAAACCCAAAGAGAGACAAUGGAGCACCAGUGGGCCCCUUCAGUCCUCAGCAUCGACAGGACGCGAAAUGUCCAUGGAUUCCACACCAGAAGAUUUGAUCUUCACAGUUACCCUGGAGAAGACAUCUGCAAGUUUAGGUUUCAGUCUGGAAGGAGGAAAAGGCUCCAUUCAUGGAGAUAAACCAAUCACCAUCAGUCGGCUUUUUAAAGGCGUGACACCCCAACACAACCCCCCUAUUCAGCCUGGAGAUGAGUUGCUGCAGGUGCACACCCAUCUGAUGCAAGGACUCACUCGCUUUGAAGCUUGGAAUAUCAUCCGGACCUUGCCAGAUGGAUUUAUUACUGCCACCAUCCGGAGGAAGAAUUCAGUGGCUGGAACAGCUUCCUCUCUCCAUGGAGAGGAAUAGUGACCAUCACAGUGACGGUCACAGUGCUCAAAGAGAUCUGGAACUGCUGUGACCCAAACUAGAGACUCAUGCCUUGCCUGUAUCACUUACUCUGCAGCUGAUUCAACUGCCUGUGUUCUUUGCUUGCCAAGGGAAUGCCAGGAAAGGCAGAGACAAAGAGGCCAACGUAAACAGCUCGCUUGUUUGUGUUUGCAGUGUUAUUAAAAGUUCCCGUGGUGAGCUGUGCCCGAAUUAAUCAAGGAUUUUCCCAAAGCAAAAGGGCAGAACCCUGAAAGAAGAUUUGAUGGCAAAGGAGAUAGCGAGUUUAAUUAACUGGGCCUUGAUUGCCUAACAAGCAUUAAAGCGGAUGCAGGAGCUCAGCCCGUGGAGAUCCACUGCAGGACCUGCAGCUUCCUUUGAUGCAACAUGGAGGGUGUAUCUUGACCAUUCCUGGAAUACAGUGUGUAAAAGUGUGUGUGUGUACAUUUCCAUCCCUGGGAAAGCACCUCUCUCUCACUUUGGACUGGCUGUAGAUUGUCCAUUGCUGGAUCAGGAAAGCCUGAUUUAGCUACAUUUUUACCUGUUCCUCUAAUAAAGUAUUGUUCUUUUAA